UCUCGCACAGAUAAAAGUGGUAUGCAGAGGGGAUUUCUGAGUAAAAACCUGAGAACUUUAUGGAUAUACAGACAAUGAUUUCAAAUGACGACUACAGCACGGAUGGAAAAUCCUUACAUCAAAACACAGGGAAUAAUGGAUCUAUGCGCACAGUCAGAGUUGGGUCCAGAAGUCUUCCACUGUAUCCAUUGGUUAUCGUGUGUUUAGGACUGCUAAACACUAUACUGAUGUUAACUGCUAUUGUUAUUGGGAUUUACUGUGGCAAAGUAAGUGAGGAAUCCAACCCCUACAAAAUAACAGCACAAGGACUCAUCAUAGAGGUGAAGCAAAUUCAGAUAAUACAGGCUGAAUCGAUCAAAGCUCAAGAAGAGGCCCAACAAGCUUUAGAGACGGAGCUCACGAGCCAUCAGCAACUGAAACUGCAGUUAGAGCAGAUUAAGACAGGCAGCGAUGGUAUUCAGAAGCAGAUUGAGACACUAAAAACGGAGAGAGCAGCACUGGAGACCAACUCAUCUGAUAUCCUGAAAAGUUGUGGACGAUGCCAGUCAGGAUGGUUUUUAUUUAACACAUCAUGCUACUUCCAUUCUGUGUCCCAACCCUUAAAGAACUGGCAAGACAGCAGGGCGGAUUGUAUCAGCCGUGGGGCAGAUCUGGCUAUGAUUGAUACCUUGCAGGAGCAGGAAAAUCUCUUUGAGUAUCUUCCGAAACUUGAUCAGAGCAUUCAACCAUGGUGGAGCAAGCCAGGUGGCAUUUGGAUUGGCCUAACAGAUAUUGAAACAGAGCACAAUUGGGUGUGGGUUAAUAAUGUGACUCUACAGGAUGGAGGGUACUGGAUACCAGGGGAACCCAACAACCAUGGAUUUGGUGGACCGGAGGGUGAGGACUGUGUAGCAGUUAAGAACAUUAAAAACCCUAAGGGAACAUGGUAUGAUGCACCCUGCCAAAUGGGAAACGAAUGGUUAUGUGAAAUGGAACCCAACUAGCUGCGGAGAGCACGGUGGUCCAAAUCCAGGCAGAGUUUCCCCAAAGAAGUUGCCUCAAUAAUGCCAAACAAGCUCGUAACCAUCACAUAAGAAGAGAAGGACCAGAUAUUUUCAAUAUCAGGAUUUAUUUCUCAAGAUUACAGACCCUAGCUUUAACUCAUCAAACUCUCAGAAUGAAAGUUAAUUAGCUCAUUCUCAAAUGUAUUCUCAAAAUGUUUGACUAUUCUUUUACCACACGUGUUCUGCAGAAAGCUUUAGCUUCAUGUUCGAUCUGAAAGCCUUCUUUAUCCUCCUUCUUCAUGGAACAGAUCCCGCAGCUCAACACCAUGGUAACCCUGGAUGGUUUUAAAAUACCUCAUUAAUGGCAUUAUCAUUGUUUUAAUGGGGUGAUGCUCUUGAGUAACACAUUGAUGCUUUUGAUUAAUACUUGAUUAAUACAACAGAUGUUUUUAUUCUCGGUAAUGAUUAUUUCCUGUUGUCAUACAUUAUUUUGUUACUACUUAGUUCUAACUUAGUUGUUUUAACCAAAAGGAUCCUAAUGACUUUGGUUAUCCCGACUUUUCCUCUAAUGCCACCAUAAAGUCAAAAUUUGUAUUUGUCCAAUACCAGCAAAAGUUGUGACAUUCCCAUCAACCUCAGUGCUGCUAUACAUUUAGUUUUAAAGUUCAUGCUCACAUGCUUAACUAAGUUGGUGAAUAUGGUGAACAGUAUACAUUUAGCACUUUAGCCUGCUUAUGUUUAGCAUUACAUGUUUAGCUUGACACACAGUACAUGUAAAAACAAAGCUCUGGAUGUUUUUUGUGAGAGUAAAUAAAGGUUGAAUGAAUGAA